GGUGAACACGACAAUUCCCGAACUCCCGCGAUCCGAGUCGUACUUCGGAGUUUAUUACAUUUCUCCUCAACCGACCGAACGAUUCAGACCAACCAGCUGAUGGCUCUUUCCUGGCGAAUGUUGACGGCUGUGCGACUGGCUGAACGAUCGCGCUACUCGAUACUACGUCGACUUUUGUCUGCAAGCUCGUUGCGCUCCGGUAGAGUGAUACCCUUCAAUUUGGCGGACAUCGGCGAGGGAAUUCGAGACGUCACAGUGAAGGAAUGGUACGUGAAACCGGGAGACCGAGUGAACCAGUUUGACAAGAUCUGUGACGUGGAGAGUGACAAAGCCGCAGUAACGAUCACGAGUCGGUACGAUGGUUUCGUCAAGACUCUCCACUACAAGGUAGACGACGUCGCGAUGGUCGGCUCGGCAUUGUGUGAUAUUGAGAUAGAGGACGAUUCGAAAGACGAAUCUACGAGCGAAAGAGACGACGCGGAAGAAACCGUAAGGAGCGCCGAGAAUCAAGAGACUGAUAAAGCUAAGGAGAGAGAAAUAGAUGAAGAGACUGACAAUUCGAAGAAUAAGGAGACGGAAAUAGACGAAAAGAUUUACAUUUGGGAGAAUAAAAAGAGAGAAAUGGAUGAAGUCAGUCAGAUGGGGCAGUCAGAGGACAUCUUGGGGAAGGUAUUGGCAACCCCGGCGGUGAGGAGGAUAGCUAAAGAGAACAACAUAAAGUUAAAGGACGUAACAGCGACUGGCAAGGAAGGAAGAGUGCUCAAAGAGGACAUCCUGGCACAUUUACAGAAAAUUUCCGCGGAUUCGAAAGUUAGAACAGAAGUUAAAACGGAAGCUCUGUCGUUCACGAAUGUGACGGGAAAGACUGUCGGCCUUAAAGGAUACUCGAAACACAUGUGGAAAACUAUGACGAAAUCUUUGAGCAUACCACACUUCGUCUACAGCGACGAGUGCAACGUAAACCGAGUGAUACGCUAUCGAAACGAAGUGAAGGACUCUCUGAGGGAACGGGGCGUCUCUCUGACUCUUUUGCCGUUUUUCGUAAAAGCGGCCUCGCUGGCGUUAGAACAGUGCCCCAAGUUAAAUGCCUGGCUCGACGAGGAAAGCCAAACGCUGAUGGUCCUGGACAAUCACAACAUCGGCAUUGCCAUGGACACUCCGGAGGGCCUGGUGGUACCGAACAUCAAGAACGUGCAAAAUCUCAGCGUUCACGCGAUCGCGCGGGAACUCAACAGACUUCAGGAGUGCGGUAGCAAGUCGUCGAUUCCGCUCGCUGAUCUGACCGGCACGACUUUUACGUUGUCCAACAUAGGCGUGGUCGGGGGAACGUACACGAAGCCGGUGAUCUUGCCGCCUCAAGUGAUAAUCGGUGCAUUCGGAAAGGCGCAGAAGCUGCCACGAUUCGAUGACAAGGGGAAUGUAGUUUCGGCCAGCAUAAUGUCGGUCAGCUGGUCCGCGGAUCAUCGCGUCGUCGAUGGCGUAACUGUGGCAAAGUUCUCCAAUCUGUGGAAGCAGUACGUGGAGAAUCCGGCGUAUCUGCUGAUCGACGCGUGAAGCUGUCUACAUUAUACUCUCUAAAAGUCGAAGAGUGAAAUAUUACUAAAAUCGAGUGAAAUGCAAGUCUAACGGAAAGUGAAAAAUGAGCCUGUGCAUUUCGAGUGAUUC